GUCAGCUGGUUGGGAGGGGGCCGGACUUCCUGGUGCUGGGACUUGUCAACAGCCAGCCGAAAGCGGGCGAGGAGAGAAGCGAGCAGGGGAAGGAAGGGAGACGAGCCCAGGCGAGACAGCCAGCCAGACAGCCGAGCGGAGCCCCGGCCGCCACUUUGCCCACGGUCGGCUCGGCCCUUCGGGGGGGGGGGGCGCGCGGGCCCUCCUGCCUCCGGGGGAGCCGAGGGUCAGAUCGGCCCUGUCCGCUGGGUGGUCGCAGCCCCCGGAGCGGUGGGGAUGCCCUCCGGCCCAGCCCCGACAUGCCCCGAAGCGGAGCGGAGCCCCGCGGCCCCCUGAGCUGCGGUCUCUACCGGGAUCGAGGCCAGGCGAAGCGGGAGCCGGCGGACCGCUCAGCCGCUUCUCUGCGCCAAGCAGGAACCGUCGCCGCGGCCGCCGCGGGCGGAGAAAGUUGCAGCUGGGAGUGAAACAAUGCGGGACGCCUGCCAGGCCGAUGCCCCUUAAGCCGCCUUUGCUCCUGGCCAGGGCGCACCAACCUCUCGCUGCUGCCAGCCGAGCCGCCGAUUACCAGCCGCAGCGGUCACGGUGCAGAUGACCCUGGCGCCUUUGGGGGAGGCCGUCCUGCCCUCGGAUCCGCCUGAGGUGCAGACUCUGGACCGCUGGUUCUUCUGCCUGGUGUCCGGUGCCGCGAUGGCCCGGGGGCGACCUGCUCAGCAGCAACCCUGCUAGCCCCCCCCCACUCUGUUGCCCGGAGAGUUGCCGAGACCCCAGCCUGCUCAGGAUCAUGAGCGUGGGGAAGAAGAAGAGCGGGUUCCAGAUCACCAGCGUCACCUCUGAUUAUGGGAAGGAGGGUCCGCCUGGGGGGGAUGCCAAGGGCCCCUCUGCCAGGCUGGCGGAUGAGCCCAGCCCUGUGGAAAACGGCAGUCACCAUCCCGAUGGUGGCACAGGGCCCAAAAACGGGCCCUUGGCUCCAGGUUCCCCAGGAUUGGCCCCCUUGCUCCCAGGCCCCACCGGCUGCGUGUCCGGUUCCCGCUUUCGUGUGGUCAAGCUGGACCAUGGCUUGGGAGAGCCGUACAAACGUGGCCGCUGGACUUGCCGAGACUUCUACGAACAGGAGAUGGACUACCAUGUGGUGGGACGGCUGGCAGACUCAGCCCGGCAGCCUCAGUCCCUGGACUCCCGGCUGGAGGUGGCCGGCCUGCUGGCGAAGCCCUCCUCGCCCUUCAGCCCAACGAUGCCCCGCCAGGGAGGGCCUUGCCUGCAGUCCCUGCUGGUGCUCCCCGGGGCCACGGCCUCGGCCCACCAGGCCCGCUCCCUGGGGGGUGGCCUGCCUGUCCUCCGCCCCGGCAGGACCCCCCCCAGCGCCGCAUCUCUCCAGAGCCCCCGGGUGGCGGCAGAGACGCGGCCCCUGGCUCCAGAGGAAGGCGCCCAAGAGCCCGGAGACCCUCCCCCGCUGGGCACCGUCCCCUUGGUGAGAGUGGAGGGGCAGCUGCUGCCGAAAAGCGUCACCCAGCUCAUCCCGAGGGAGACGGAAGAGCGGCAGAAGAUUUUGCCCAGAGAGACCCGCUCGCGCCCAUCGUCCCCGGCACCCCUGCUCUUCCGCGAGGCAAGCCCCCACCGGAGGACCUCCGACCCCUUUGGCGUGGCCCGCUUCAACCUGGCCCGGUCGGUGUUUGGCAUGGGGACCGGCCACGACAGCGAUGACGACAGCGGAAGCAACAGCAGCAUGAUCGCCAUUGACAACAAGAUUGAACAAGCCAUGGACCUGGUCAAGAGCCACUUGAUGUUCGCCGUGCGGGAAGAGGUGGAACUCUUAAGAGAGCAGAUCAAAGAACUGUCCGAACGCAACGCUGCCCUGGAGCAGGAGAACAGCCUUCUGCGCUCCCUGGCCAGCGUGGAGCAGACCGGCCCCUUUCCGGCUCAGCUCCACGAAAACAAGCCAUCGUCCAGCGGCUCCGCGUGACCCUGGAUGGACGGACAAAUGGACAGAUGGACGGAGGGAGGACCAGAGAACGGCUGCUGCUGACACGGAUGCCGGAUGGGAGGGGGCUUCCCAUGGAGUUCCCCCCCCCCGAUGUGAACCUGCCUGUUUGGGGGUGGGGGGUUUGUGCACGCGUGUGCAUGUGCGUUUGUGAAACCAGCCUUUGGGGUGGGGGUGGGGAACUGGGCUACUAACCCAGCAUGUGCCUUCGGGGGGGGGAGUGCAAUUGUCCCCCCUCCUGCUCUGAAAGGAGCAGGGUACGUUUCGUAGCAGAGAGGGCUGGAGAGGGGUGGAUUGGUGAGGAAAUCCACCCUUGGACUGGGGGGGGUGUCCCUCCUUGUCGGGGCUUUUCCUCCCCUAACCUGGGGGGAGAACGCCCCAUUUGCCCCCCUCCUUCAGACCAAUGUGGGAGGGGGCUUUUUUAAGGUACCACAGACGUGGUUGGAAAUUGGGGUGAAGCACUGAGGUCUGGAGCUGCCAAUACUUUUAUAUCCGGGGCACUUUUGCAGUAUUUCAGGUUAUUAAAGUCCCUAGCUGUUCAAGUC